AUGUCGCACGUUGUAAAUAGUUUGAGCUUCAUCAGCAGCCAUUGGUUAGCCUGGAAAGUGGUGGGCUCUGCCCAUGCAGAACCCAGUAAUGGAUUCUAUGUGCUCUAUGCCAUAAUUUUCCAUCUUGUGGUGUCUGUCAGCUUUCCACUCCACUUGGGCGCUACGCUCUUCAACAAUAAUAAUAUUACGGAUGAUAUGAAGAAUCUUACACUCUUUGUGGUAACUUUAUCUUGCUCGCUGAAAGGCGCUUUUUAUGGGUAUAACCUGCAGAAGGUGAGGCACAUGGAACAGCUGUUGAGACUCUUAGACUCACGUGUCGACUCGGCUCAACGCAGCAUUUGCGAUCAGUUGAGAAAGAAAUUGGGAUUUAUAAUCUAUGGCUUUAUGGGGAUCUGUGUGUGCGUCACAAUCUCUGCGGAAAUGUCGUUUUUCUUUCAAAAACAACGCAAGCUACUGUAUCCUGCCUGGUUUCCGUUUGAUUGGCACAACUCUUCUCGCAAUUAUUAUCUAGCGCAUGCUUAUCAAAUUGUGGGCGUUUCUUUGCAAGUGUUACAAAAUUAUGCCAGUGACUGUUUCCCCGCAGUUAUGUUAUGCAUAAUAUCAGCGCAGACUCAAAUGCUCUACAAUCGUAUUGAGAACAUAGGCAUGGCUCAAGAGUCUGCGCAGGAUUCGGAAGUUGACUUGGAAGCCUGCAUUACAGAUCACAAACAUUUACUAGAGCAAUUUGUUGCUUCAGCACUUAAUAUUUGCAUUAGCAUCGCCAGUGUCGUAUUUUAUGUCACAGAGCCUCUGACACGUGCAUAUUUCUUCUUCUAUGCCUUGGCCAUGCCAUUGCAAAUAUUCCCCACCUGCUAUUAUAGCACCGACUUGGAACUUUCGAUGGGCAAACUAAACUAUGCCGCAUUUAGUUGCAAUUGGCUGUCACAACGGCGUAGCUUCAAACGCAAGCAGAUGCUCUUUGUGGAACGUUCAUUGAAGCAGAAAUCUGCCAAGGCAGGUGGCAUGCUACUCAUACAUCUUAACACAUUUAUGGGUACGCUUAAGUUUGCCUACUCGUUGUUCACCAUUAUAUUACGCCUACGAAAAUAA